AUGCAGGAGGCCAAUCAUGACAAACCACCUCCCACUCGCAAGCGCAAGGUGCAGUGGGCAGAUGAGGACCAAGACGACAAGCAGCUUGGCAACUCGGCUCACCAGGGCGAUGGAAUUAACGCUGCAAGUUCUCUCGUCGACGAGCAUGGCAUGGUCGUAUCUACCGACGCAGGGCCUCACACCGAAGCGAAGCCUGCUGGCCAGAGCAACGACGUGCAAAAGCAGUACCUCGCAUCCGACAUCUACAACCCCAUCGAAUAUGGCGACUUUCGCUCCUACAUGCAGCAUAAGCGUGCUAAGCUCAAGGUGCAGGAAGCUUCCUUGCUGCAAGAAGAAGAAGCUCUCUUACGUGUCAAGGAUCCAAGUGCGCCAGGUCCCGCAAAGCAAGACGGCUUGGCUACCGAGAUCGAAGCCAGCGGCGGAAAGCGCUCAGACGCACUCAAAGGAUGCUGCAUCUACAUCAACGGCCAAACUCAUCCACCUUACAGCGAGCUCCGACGUCUUCUCGUGCUCCAUGGUGGCGACCUCAUGGCAUAUCUCGACCAGAAGACACCCGUCACACACAUUGUUGCGUCCAACCUCACCCCAAAGAAGCGCAUCGAAUUCAAGGACUACAAGGUCGUCCUGCCAGGCUGGAUCUUGGAGAGCAUCGAGCUGGGUAGAAAGGCAGACUGGAGAAAGUGGCGCUGCGACGCCAUCACUGGAACCAAUGGACAUACAUCCAACAGCAUGAUUGGCAAGCCUGGAGGUGAUGCGGCUCACAACAGUACCAGCCUGGGGGACUGGCGCAACUUGGAUCGAACCGCCAAGCUGCCUCGCCAGCUGCCCAGGAUCGGAGACGAGGACGAAAGUCCAUGGGGAAAGCCGACCAACCAGACCAACCUCUUAUAUCGAUUCACGAGGAAGCAAGUUUCAUCCACCGAAGUCAAGGAUCCGACUCCGUCAGUGCUGAAAGGAAAAGGCGAAACAGCGCCGCCAUCCAAGGACGCUGGCGUGAAAGGCGUUCGCUUUGGUGAUGAGCAGAUCAUACAUCCAGCGGCGUUGACCUCGACCUCGACCUCGACCUCGACUAUGGAAGCAUCAGCUACGCCGUCUCCUGUGGAUGUGGCUCCUCUUGAAGCCGGCAACAGUAUUCAGAUCCCCGAAGUGCCUGACAAAGCGAUUGUUUCGUCAACCAAAAAAGUGGCUUUACCGGACGCUGAAAAUGUCACCCCUACCAAGCCUGAAGGAAAAAUCGACUACAGCAUCGGCACCGAUCCCGCUUCGAAAAAGGCAGCCAUCGCUGUCAGUCGUGGCCACUAUGCCUCGCGGCCCUCCAACACACACGCCGCUCGACUACUCGCAAGUCCAAGCUGGAGAGAGCGCAACACGGCCACUUCGGACGGUUUCCUCGCUGGCUACUUUGCCAAGUCUCGUCUCCAUCAUCUCAGCACUUGGAAGACGAGCUUGCAAGAUAUGGUGAGCUCAGCUCUGCGCGAAGCCGGUCGUCCUCUCGGCAGCUCGGAUCUGCCGAAAGGCGUGCAACGAGUCAUCAUGCAUAUCGACUUUGACAGCUUCUUUGUCGCCGUCGGUCUCAAGAAGCGUCCCGACCUCCAAGACAAACCCGUCGUUGUCUGUCACGGAACAGGCUUCGGCCUCCCGGCUGCCAAGGCUGGUGAUGAGAACCGGCCGGCCGACAAUCAGUCUUCGAGCACUUCCGAAAUCGCCUCUUGUAGCUACAAGGCGCGCGAAUUUGGCAUUCGCAACGGCAUGAGCCUCGGCCAGGCCAAGCGGCUUUGUCCACAGGUCGAGACGAUCCCGUACGACUUUGAGGCGUACAAUUCCAUCAGCCUCACCUUUUACACGUUUCUGCUUGAGAACUCGGACGCCCUUCAAGCCGUGUCUGUUGACGAGGCGCUCGUUGAUGUUAGCUUGCUCUUGCAGAGUAUGCGUGAUGGCGACACUACCGCUGGUUCUCUCUACGAACGGUAUCGCGAUCACCUCGGCUGGCAAGGACAAGCGUGGACAGCGGAAAAGCAGCUCGCAGAAGCCUUCCGCGACGAGAUCCGAGAUCGCUGUGGCUGCGAAGCCAGCAUCGGCAUCGGUUCCAACAUUCUUCUCGCAAGGCUUGCCACCCGCAAAGCCAAGCCUGGUGGGUCCUUUCAUCUCACUGAUGAUGCCAAGCAGCCAUUCUUGGAUGCUCUCGAUGUCGACGACUUGCACGGCAUCGGCUGGAGUCUCCGUGAUCGAGUGCGCGAGCUGUUGGAAACGAUCAACAUUGGUGAAAUCCUCUCCAAAACCAACGAGCGCAGGAUCAUCGCCGAGUUUGGCCCCAAGAAGGGCAAGAUGAUCUGGGACAAGAUGCAUGGCGUAGAUGCCGAUCGACUCGAGGGCAACAAGCUGCGACAGUCGGUCGGCUCGCAUGUCAAUUACGGCAUCCGAUUCCUGACCGAGCAGGAAGCAGAUAAUUUUGUCACUGGUAUGUGUCAGGAGGUAGCCCAGCGAGCAAGAGCUGUCAAGCUGCGUGGGAGGCAGGUCUCGGUGCAGGUCAUGGUCCGGGCAAAAGAUGCGCCGGUCGAAGCUCCCAAGUUUCUUGGUCAUGGCGUCUGCGACACGCAUCAUCGAAGUGCACAAGUCAGUGGUCCAGGUGGUGUGGCGAUCGAUGACGAGGUGCGUAUCAGGGCAGCUGCUUGGCCGCUGAUUCGUGAUCUCAAGGCGGAUCCGAAGGAGCUGCGUGGCAUCGCUAUCAGUCUGAACAAACUCGAGCCUGCGGAGGGGAACGCGUUGUCGCCGAUCAAGCCGAAAGGCGGUCAGUCGGUGCUUUCCUUUGGGUCAGCCUCGAAAGCUCCGUGGUCGGCGAUGCCGAUACCUGCGCUUGAUGCGGGUGUUGUGGACGAAGCGGACGACGCGAGCGAGAUCGAGCAGCCGGACGAGCCUGGUGUUGAGUUGCCGACAUCUCUAGAAAAAGGUCCCGAUGCGGCAACACCACGUCGUCCCGGUCAACACGGCAGUCGAUCUGCUGAAGCAGAUGCCAGUCCGUUCAAGAUGCCGCCUUCGACCCAGCUGAUGCUGCCGUCCAAAUCGCAGAUCGACCCAGGCGUCUUUGACGCACUUCCCUCCCAGUAUCGCCGCCAGAUCGAAGCCAAGUCCGGCUCCACGCUCGGUGACGAGAAAACUGGUCAUCGUGGCGCAACCAUUGGGGAAUCGGAUCAAACAGCAAAGGCCACGCCGCAGCUUUCGCAGACUCCAACGCCCUCCCAAAUCCGCGCACGAGUGCUUCCACGAUCAACACCGACGACGCCGCAAAAGGCCAAAGCGGCUCCCUCUCCAGCCUUGGCUGAAGCACUCAUGCUGCCAUCCGCCUCUCAGAUCGAUCCUGCCGUCCUCGCUGAGCUUCCAGAUUCUGUUCGCAAGGAGAUCGAGCGUCAAGUAGGCUUCAUCUCGCACGAAGCUUCGUCCGGCCCAUCGUCGGUCGAAUCGACUCCCACCUCAGCUGCCCGCAGAAAAGCCGCCAACACCUCCACCCUUGCCAGCUUCCUCCACUACGACACUAACAAGCUGUCCGAUCGACGCAACUCUUUAUUCCGUUCGGUGUCUGAAUCACCUACGAAGAAACGCGUCGUUCAUCGACUGCUGCAAAAUGCGGGACAGUACGUCGCGCCGAAUCAGCCGCUCGUCGAUCGGGAUGCGAUUCUUGCCAUGGACCCCGAAAAGAUCUCGACCGCUCAAUUGGAGGCGGUGGGGAUCGACGCCGAAGUCUUUCGUGCUUUGCCAGUCGAGAUGCAACGCGAGAUGUUCCGUUUCCACAGCGAGCAGAAGAAAUCGGAAAAGGCGAGGUUCAAAGCGGGCAGAAGCGGAGGGUUUGAAGAGCUUACGCUUGCCGAGCAGAGGAGGAGGGCGACGAUGAGGGCUGCAGUGACCGAAGCGGAAGCGCAGAGCAAGAUGGAAGUGCAGAUGCGUGCGCAUCAGGGAGCUGCGAAGGGCAAGGCUGCGACCAGCUCGGUAGUGGUGGAUGAGGAGGUCUUGAGGAGGAAUCCACCGGUGUACUUGGUUGCGAGACCGAGAGCGAGGAUUCCCAGGAGCGAAGCGAGGUUCUUUGAUGUGAGCGCGGACAAGGUAGAAGAUAGGCCGGCGAUCCGCGGUCUCAGCAGCUACGAUGAUGUCGAAAAGCUCAUCCGUCAAUGGGUCUCUGCGUUCGCGAGGAAGGGUCCGAGAGCUGGCGAUGUUGAUCGCAUUGCAAUGUACCUGGCGGAUGUGGUGAGGUCAGCUUCGAAGCGGGAUGUUGAGCAAGUGCAGGUGGCCACCUCUUUGCUGCGAUUGAUCGACGAGCGCGUGGAGGAGAAGCGGAUCAGCGGAAAUGCGUUUGCGGAGAGCGAGUGGGACAUGGCCAAGGGUAAGAUCAGGGAGGUCAUGCAAAGGGCCUCGCGGGAGGUGUUUGGCGGGGCUGAGCUGCCAGACGAGUAG